CAGCCGUAGCUCCUCUCUCUCUCUCUCUCUCUCUCUCUCUCUCUCUCACACACAAAAUAUAUGCCUCUAGUUGUACGCAUUUGACAGACAACUCUUGGGUCCAAGAUGGGUUUCCAAUUCAAAGCUCUGUUUUUUUAUCUUUCUAUGUUUCUGUUUUCAUACCAAACAAAAGCAGAGCAAUUCAUUGAUAAUAAUUCUAGCAGCAGUUUUACCGCUAGGAAGCUUGCCAGUGGGUGCAAUUAUUUCAGCGGCAAAUGGGUAUACGAUUCCUCAUACCCUCUCUACGACUACUCCACUUGUCCCUUCAUAGAUCCAGAAUUCAACUGCCAAAAGUACGGCAGAGCUGAUAAAAUGUACCAAAAUUACAGGUGGCAGCCCUUCUCAUGUGACCUACCAAGGUUUAAUGGGUUGGAGUUUUUGGAGAGGUGGAGGGGGAAGAAGAUUAUGUUUGUGGGUGACUCGCUGAGUUUGAACAUGUGGGAGUCACUGAGUUGCAUGAUUCAUUCAUGGGUUCCAAAGGCUAAGACCACUUUCAUGAAGAAUGGCUUGCUUGGCUCAGUUACAUUUGAGGAUUAUGGAGUCAAGUUAUUACUGUAUCGCUCACCGUAUCUAGUAGAUCUCGUACACGAAAAUGGAGGAUGGGUUUUGAAAUUGGACUCAAUCCUGCAAGGCAGGGCAUGGAGAGGCAUGGACAUGCUCAUUUUUAACUCUUGGCACUGGUGGACACACACUGGAAGAACUCAGCCUUGGGACUAUAUGCAAGAAGGGGCCAAAUUCUACAAAGAUAUGAACCGUUUGGUUGCUUAUUACAAAGGGCUAACCACAUGGGCGAGAUGGGUCAACCGAAACGUCGACCCUUCCAAAACCAAAGUGUUCUUCCAGGGAAUUUCCCCUACACAUUAUGAAGGGAAAGAUUGGAAUGAGCCAUCAAAGUCAUGUUUCGGGGAGGAGCAACCAUUCUUCGGCACAAAGUACCCUGCAGGCGUACCUUUGGCCGCAGCAGUUGUGAACAAGGUAUUGAGCCGGACUAGGAAGGUUUAUUUGCUCGACGUGACAACCCUCUCACAAUAUCGCAAGGAUGCGCACCCAACCAUUUACAGUGGGCAGCACAGUGGUAAGGAUUGCAGCCACUGGUGUCUUCCGGGGGUGCCAGAUACUUGGAACCAGCUCCUCUAUGCUGCUCUCAUUAGUUGAACACAAGAAUCGGUAACACUGUAUUAACUUAUUUGGAAGAUGUAUCACUGUCUCCGUGAUAUGGAUUUCUAUCUCAAUUUCCAUUUUACUAGGCAUUAGGGUAUAACAAUGUCAUUGCUUGAAUUGUAAAGUGUUGCAUUCUUUUGGGCAAGAAUGAUGAAGGCUCCAUCCAACUAGGUUAGGCCAAUUGAACACUCUUCUAUAGUUCUAUAAUUUAAGGUCAGAGA